AUGGCUUUGUGGCCCUCCUCCUGUCACAAUCAAUCCAUUUCAUUUAUCGCAAAGAAGACUAUUGGACAAAGGACUAAUCCUCUUUGGUGUAUAGUGAGGAAGCACCGCAUCACUGCAUCCAACUUUGGUGCUGUGUUGGGUUGCAUCAGGAGAAAUAGGUAUCCACCAUCACUUAUGAAGCGGUUGCUCUCAGCAUACAAUCUGGAAGCAGUCAAGAGUGUUGCCUGGGGGAUUUGGUUGCAUGAAUCUGGUGUUCUUGGGGCAUCCCCAGAUGGCCUAGUUAAGACUACCUUCAUGAUGCCUGUUAUAUACCAGUCUUCUGAAGCAAGGCAUUUAACACCUGAUAUCAUCGAGGUGAAGUGCCCAUAUGCUGCCAGAACAGUUGGUAUCGAAACAGGUGUUGAUACAGUCAAAGGAUUCUGUCUUGUGAGAGGGGAAGAUGCCUGUCUUCAUCUGUCUGAGAGUCAUGAGUACUAUCACCAAAUUCAGGGUCAGCUAUACAUCUUGGGUAAAGAUUGCUGUGACUUGCUGGUUUGGACACCUAUUGACAUGGUUGUGAUCAGGAUUGCUAAAGACCCAUCUUGGGCUCCAAAUAUGAUCAUACUGAUAGAUUUUUUUCACAAUCAGUUUCUUAAGUCAAUUCUGUCAUAG